CGGGCUGUAUAUGACGGCACCCUUAUAUCACCGAACGAGUUGUUGAAAGUGCAAACCAGUGCAUACGUGCAAAUUGCUAUCAACUAUUACGCAAUUUAUAGCAAUUCGUUAAUGUCGCGACAGCUGAUGUACCGUGUCGAUUCGUAAUCUAUCAAUAGGAAAUCCAGGGAAUAAAAAAAAAACAGACGAAAUUAACGUGUGAUAUUAAGCUGCGCUGCUUAUAUUGACGCUGUUAUCAUGAAACCGUACGCCGUAGUGAAAUUUAGAGGAAAAGAGGAAAUUAUGGCGGUUGUACCCUCGUCAUGGAUUAAUGAAGAUAAGUUGUCAUGUAAAUGGCCAUCAAAGAAAUUCUGUAAUCACAAAAUUGCGCGAUUUAUUAUGAGUUUGAAAGAACCUACUUCUGAGUUUAAUAAUCAUCCAGCUACAGUUAUGCAUGAAUAUGAUAACUAUCGUGAUGCUCUUAAAGCAUGCAAAUUAGCCGACGACAAUAGUAAUCUUAACACAACAGCAGGAGAAACUGAUUUGGAAAAGCGAAAAAAACGUAAAAUCAAACGUUUGUACGAGAAGUCAAAUGAUGAGCCUUCAGAAAAAGCAAAGCAAAUGACGAAAAAAAUUAUUCAUUCCGACAGUGACAAAGAUAAUAAAAUAUUGAACGCACAAGAAAUUAAAGAAAGGGUUACAGAACUUUUAAAUAAAAAAGAGGAUUGUCCGAAAAAGAAUAAUGAGAGUGGAAAUCUUCCAGUUAAAAAUUCUUUCCUGAAAUAUGAUAAUAAUAAUAUCAUUCAUGAUAUUAUCUUUCUCACAUUUCAGGAAAGUAAUGAUAGAUCAGCAGAUUUUAAUAUUGCUAUAAAAGAUGCAGCACUACGAACUAAGCAACGUUUUAAUAACUCGCUUCCUACAAGUGAGGAAAGUGAACCUAUUGCCUCUAGCAGUCAAUUGGAAAUAAAUACAUUAUCUGAAUAUGAUUCAAACAAUGAAAAAAUUGUUUCUGAAGGAGGUACUGAUCAUUAUGAUAUUAAAACUUUAUUAGCCAAACCAUCACUUCGACCGUCUCCGUCUAUAAAAAAUGCUGAAAUAUUAUGUAAAUUAGCCUUACGCAAGACCGAUAAUAACAUGGAAAGUUUUUUGGAAUCAGAAAUGAUAGCAAGACAACCUACAACUGAAAAUUCUUCUUCAACUGUUCAACAUGUUUUGAUUGAUUUUCCAGUAACAAAUUUGAACAAUCUAAAGUCAAUUGAGCGCAAACUAAAAGAAGAGGAAACAUUUAAUUCCACAGUGGUCGACGCUCUACAUUCACAAAUUGAAGGAAAGUCUCUUCAAAAAAUGGUAAAUUCCGUGUUGCGCAUUGUGCUGGACGAUAAACUGGCAAGGUUGUUUACUUGGAAGAAUCAACGAGGAACCAAAUUACAGUUAUCAAAGCGCCAAAUAAGCCAGACAAUGAUUGAGGCAGUGGCUAAGAAAUUUCCAACAAUAAACAAGGUGAUAUUUGGUAGAAAAGCGGGAUUAUGGCUGGCCCAUGCUAACUUUCGUAUAAAAAAACGAAUCAGUAACAAAGAUGAAGCUGCUCAAGAUGGCAACAAUAGCUUAGAGAACUAUGAUAGUUCUGAUGAAAAAAAUGAGAAUGACGAGAAGAAAAAGAAAAAUAAAGAGAAAGUUUUUCCAGGUAAACAUUUGAUAUGGAAUAUGUCUGUUUAA